CGAGAGGGAGUGUGAGAGCAUAUGUGCAGGAGGGUGGGAGGGCUGGAGAGGGAGUGAGGGAGAGAGAGAGAGGGAGAGGACAAGCGGAUGGGUGCUGUGAAAUCCGUUAACAGGGGAGCUCUGUGCAUUUGUUAGACGUCUUGGCUGCUUGCCCAACUUGGCUCAUUGUAAUCGAGGCAUGAUCGUCGACUCCAGGCAGCCCUCUCUGCCGCCUCGGCUGCCUCGCGCCUGGACCCACCCCAGCUCUCACCGCUGACAUGGAAAGACCCACCCCCACUGACAUGAUGCCCAAGAGGGAUCAUGAGAGGGACCUGGAGCUGGACAAGAAGAUCGAGGCUCUCCGCAGAAAGAAUGAAGCACUCAUGAAGAGGCACAAGGAGGUGGAAGAGGACAGAAAAAGGGCAGAGGAAGAAGGAAUGGCGCUGCAGAGCCGAAAGGGCAAAGCUGAGGAUCUUUCCAUCACAAUCAGCAAGUCCACCAGUGACAGUCGCGUGGUGGUGACGAAACCAUUCAGCGGUGGCUCACCAGCUGGGAAAGGACAGCAGGAGGCUGGGCCUGACAAGGGGGGAGACGGCGUUUCGCAGGGUGCUGGUCGAGGCCACAGAAAGCAGCUAAUGGUCACUAUGGCUGGCAAAAAGGGUAAGAGGGUGGUGAGUGAGAGGCCAGAGAAGAGGCCAGGCACUGCGGACAUCAAGAGCCCUACAGAUGACGGACAGGCGAGGCGUGUGGAGUCAGCUGGGAGGGGAAAGCAGCCACCUCACAUGACUAGGAGAGACACGGCAGCACAGGAUGAGGUUAAACAAGGGCAGAAGCACACCGAGGAGCAGCACAGGCUUUCAGAGCAAUGCCAGGAGCCCGAGAGCCCGCAGGCCAGCACAGACCUCAACAUCCCCACAUCAAAAGAGGAGCAGGAGGAGUACAUGCGGUGGAAGAGGGAGCGUGAGCAGAUUGACAGGGAGAGAGUGGCACGCCACAAAAACGCCAAGGGCCAGUGGAGACGGGCGUGGGACAUGGACAAAACGGAGAACAUGUUUUCAGACAAAUCCAUCCCCGACAGAGACUGGGGGGCUUCCAGCAGAGGUGGACGAAAUGCUAGAAGAGGGCAGUCCAGGGCAGGUCACGAGAAGCGAGGCAAGGACAAGGGAGCUAAAAACGUGCUAGUGAUGGGAAGUAAAGCAAAAGGCAUAGAUCGUCUGACUGGGAGAGCCAGGAGAUGGCAGGCAAAUGAAGAUGGAGAGAGACUACAGUCUUCUGACACGACAUUAGAGGAAUUCUUGGAGGAACUCGACGCCCUCACAGAUCCUGAGUUAGAAAAUCUGAAGGAUGAGGACUUGAAAAUGAAGCUGUCGCCCAGCCCAGAUUCACUGCGUACAUCUGAGGAAGUGAGUGGAUCCACAGAUUCCCCGAGAGAGGACACCCCCACUCAGGGGAAGGCAGAGGCCUCGUCCCCUCGGGGCUUGGAGAAGAAAGUACGCUUCUCAGAGGAACUCAUCCAGGGGGCUCAUACCACAGGCUCUCAGGACUCUGCCAGCUCAGAAUCGAGAAGUGCGAGCUCCUUAAAAGCUUCCUCACCGAAAAAAAAGCAACAAAAAGCGCAGGAGCCGCAGCAGCCUCUUGAAAGUGCCAAGCAGGACGAUGCUAGUCCGCAAGAUCAGGGAGGUGGUCCAUCUGCACCUCCUGUUGCCCCACAGCAGGCUCCUGAAACUGAAUGUACUAAACAAGACAGCACCCUCCCCCAAACUCCCAGCUCCCCCUCUACUGAAAAAGCCUGCACCUCUCUACAGGAGAGCUCUGUGCAGCCUGUAGAGCUCGCCAAGUGCAACAUCAGCAACACAAACACAGAGGAACUAAUAGACUCCGGUCUGUCUGUCCUGAGCCUGGAGUCAGGAGAAACACACCCAACACACUCCACCAGCAGCGACAAGGCAAGAGAGCAUGGGAAGAUUGUUUGACAUUUUCGGGAUGUAAAUACAGAAACCAAAUGACAGCGACACAGAGCCUUCGCCUCUUUGUAUUUGCAUUGCGCUUCAGGUAGCUCGUUUGAGGUACCCUGUUUAUGGCUUACACACAAAACCAUGGUUUGUAUACUUUGCUGUGGCGUGUCCCACCUGUGGAAGUUUUCAAAUUGUCUAAAAUUUGAUGAAGGAAUGGUCGAACAUUUUUCCUGCUCAAAUAUUUUUUUACAUCCAAGCACUUUAUGAGUAUGAAAGCAUGAGUACUGACACGUGGAUUCAGUAUGUUGGUACGCUGCUUGAGUGCAAUAUCAUUGAAUGUUUACAUUUGUAUCAAGAUUUCAAGGUACAUAUCAGGAGGCUAGCUAAUCCGUUACACUUUGAUAGCCCUUGAAAAUUCAGCCACAGUCAAAUUAUCUAGUGCCUGAUUCUGCCUUCAAGGUAUUUUCAAUUAAAGAAAUGAAGUCUGUGUUAUAUAACGAUACAGUAGUGACAGUCUGUACUUCUGCACUCAGAACUGUGUGAGUAGAUAUUGUUUAUUAACUCCUUCCAGUAUCGGUCAUUAGCCUUUCACCAAUCAGAAAUCAAUACACUAUUGAAGGGCAUAUUUGAGACUUAUCGUCUAAUCGGCCACUGACAUUGUUUAUAAAAUUUUCUAGCUGACAUAAACGUUUUUGUUAUUUAGAACAUUUAAAGGGGCACUCCAUCCAUUUUAGACAUCAAGCUCAGUUAGCUAACUCAUCAGUGCUACUCACCUUAGAGAAACAGUAGUGCAAUGUCUUCUGUGGCUCUGGAGGAGCUUCAUCAAGUGGGACAAAAUAACCCUGAUGAUGUCACAGUGAUGUCAUCACAGUUACCUCAAUUGCAAAAUCAUAGAUUGAGCCCAGAUAGAGCCCACAUUAAAAAAUGGAGGGAUAGUAUGUCUUUGUAGAUGAUCUUACAAAGAUAUACUAUCAAGGUGCAUUAUGGGAAGUGUAGUACCCAGUUUUUUGGCGCUCGGCCCAUCCUAGGAACCUAAAGUCAGGAUAUCCAACCAGAUCUCAAUCCUCAUCUGUGGCAGUUUUAGACACCUAGAGCAACUGAUGCAGUGUAAAGAGAGAGGAAGUCCACGAAAGGAUGAGGUUUGGGUUGAUGGAUAGGUCUAACAAAUACAAGACUUUCACCCAGGAGACCACCUGUUUGUGUCCCAUCUGAAACCAAAAGUCAGUGUUAUUUUUUUUUAGUUUUUUUAGACAACAUUCCGUAGAAUACGUCAAGAUAAGUUACGUUACAAAAGUAGUUAUUUUAUCCCAAACCAUGAUCUUUUUUUCUAAUCCUAACCAAGUAUUUUUGUUGCCUAAACUUAAGGUAGUUUUGGUGACAAAGCCUACAUUUCCUGUGAACACAGAUGUUUAUUUUGAAAAGACGCUAAGCACAUCAAGACUAGAAAUUGACAUGGAAACUGACACAUGGAAACUGAUACAUCUAAAACUGAUGCUAGAGGGGUACAUGGAGCAUCAUAGUUUGAAGAGUAGGAGCACUGACCAAUCUGCCCUAUUUUGAUGAGUUAGAAGUGACAACAUGUUGGAAUGUCUCAGUCUAUGCUACAUUGCUUUUGACAUUGUAAUUUUAAUCCAUGUCUGUAAAGUCCCCAGACUGUUUAUAGAAAUACAGAUCUAAAUCGUUGGAGUGCCCCUUUAAUGCUAAGCUAACAUCCAGCUAAUAGCAAAAUCCAUAUUACUGGCAUAAACAUAUUUUGCUUGACUGAUGUUCAGUAACACUGCGGAACUAGAAUCUCAAACUUGCCCUUUAACAUAUUGUCAUUUUGUUCCAUAAAGUUGGCACAGCUGAAUCCCAAUUAUCUGUCUUCCUCAGACACUUGUAUGUUCAAUAUGGAAUUGUUAUGUAUGUCUAUAAUUUUACAAAUUUGAACAGUUAACAGCAGAGACAUAAAAGUCAAUGUUUUGUGAUUCGAAAACUAAUUUGGGGACUAAAAUUACUAUUUUCUUUAAUAGUUUGCUCAUGCUGUUUUUAAACAACCAGUGUAAAGCAUCCCGGUACAUAACAGUCCCCACCCUUUUUCUCUGUUGAGACUUUUGGCCCCUGUGGGACCGAUGAAAUUGACGGCUCAGCCUUUUGUCCACAGUCAAAACACUGGGCCUGUUGACAUUGUUUUGUCAUUUCUUCUCUUUUAUAAUCAUGAAAGACAAGAAAUAUUUUUGAAAAGCUGAUGGAGCUUAAAGAAUUUCGCCAGUUGUUGUGCCUUGCAUAUCGGCUUCUUCAGAUAAUGAAGGUGUACCUUUACGUCAUGGCUUGUACCAUAACAUACAGUCGCGUUUAAUGUACUGUACUAACAGUUCAGCAUUGAUUUUUAUUUAUUUGCCUCUUCAUUUGGACAACAGAAUGUUAACUCAAAUGAUCUAAACAAUGUCCGUGUGCAUUGUAGUAGCUGUUUUUUCUUCUUCUCUGUGACAUAUAUGGAUUUGUUUUUAUUUAUUGCCAGUCUCUGGUUUUAUUUUUGGUAUCAAGUGACAACUAUAAUAAGAAGCCUUACAAGAACUCUGUCCUCAAAGACGUUUUUGGCUUUUGUCAGUGCUACAGUAUAGUAAACAGUUAUGUAACCGAAAGUAGAGAACAUAGUGGACAUGCUCUGAGCUGCGGAGCCCUGUCAGCUUCGACAGUGGUUACAUAAAAUACAAAUCAUCAGGAAUCUAGUAGAAGCACACUGAAAAACAUCAAGAAGCGAGUUACAAGGUUUGAGGCCAGUCUAAACAUAAAUAAAGAACAAGUGCUGUGUUUGAGUCGGGGCCUUAUUCUAUAUUAUAUAUGGAUAGAAAGUGAAGGAAACUGUACAGAUUACCUCUGAAAUAUUUAAAAUUCCCUGUGGGAUUCAAUUUAGUGAGAUGAAAGUUAGGACCUACAACCAUAGAGCAGUUGUACUUUUGUCCUUGUUUAGCAUUUAGUUAGUAGACAUCUGCAUUUUCACCUCGCUUGAAUGUCAAAUUUAGGAGGUGGUUGUAAUUGUCCUGUUCCACCUGGGUGUACACUGCUGUCCUCCAUGUUUUCACAUCCACUCAUACGGAAGGAAUAAUCGUGAGUGGCUGUGUAUGAGUGUGUGUGUGUGUCAAGGUUUGAUCCAUGCUAAUUUAAAUCUGUGUGCAACAUAGCUUAAUUUACUGUAGAUAAAUUUGGAAGGAGGCAUACAGAACAUCAAUAAAGUUUUUCUGUAUUUCAAACAUCA